UUCUUGAUCACAAAUCAUAUGUUUUCAACUGCAAUUUUCCCACAAAAUUUGAUUGGCUUUUUCCCUGACCGAGCCCAUAUCAGUAAAAAUUGGUACCAAUUGCUGCUCUCGCUUGCCGAACACACUAAAUUUCUUAUCAAAAACUCGUUAUUUUAACAUCGUCUUGCUUUGCCGUUUGCAUUUAACCUGCUUGCUGUUAGUUACUCGUUGCUUUCACUUGACUCGCUCUGUCAAACAUCCUGCGAGGCGAGUACUGAGCAUUGAGUCGUGUUAAACCAGACAAAGCAUUUAACAGUCUCGCUUUUUACUUUGUGACACUCGCUUGUCUCCGCCGUUGGUCCUUCACCAUUAACGCACCACGCAGUCUAUCCACCUAUCGAGAUGAUAUUAUACACAUAAUCAAAACGGAAAUUUUCUUCAAAAAGAAAACGUUUAAAAAAGCAGGGCUUGAAAUUCCCUGAAUCUCGAAUACAAAAUGUAUAAUACAACAAAAGAAAAAAUAAUCGUACAAAGAACUAAUACCGAGUUAUAGAAAAACUAUUGAUGAUCUUAAUUUAAAAAGAAAAGUAAAGUAAAGUGACGUGCUGUAGUGAAUAAAUCAAUUUAAAAAAUAUACAUAAAAUUAAAUAUUUUAGAGAAAAGGUUAUCUCUACUGUUGCUGAAUAAUAUACAAAUUGAUAUAUAAUAAAAAAAAAAUAUCUAUAAUAUUCAAGAAUAAGCAAACGCUAGAACAACGCAUUUUAUUGGACAACAUCAACUAGACAACGUUAACUAGACAACUAGACAACGUACGUUAAUUUGAAAUAAAAAAAACCGUAAAAAUAGCAAAUUUAACAACUAGUUAUCAAAAUGGCGAAUACUGCACAGCUUUUACGUCGACAGAGUUCGCGGGAUAUCAUAUUGAAAAGUCAAAAGAGCAUUGACCAACUGGAACUGCGGGAAAUGCGCGGUCGUUUGGUACCCAAAGAACACCAUGGUAGCGGUACACAUCAUCAUCAUCAUACCACCCACCAUCAUCAACCCAUGUAUGGUGCGACCAAUCAAGCAUUUCUCGGCGAUGCCUUUGACGAGUCGACUGAAUUGGAACCAGAUGCUUUUGGCGCGGAGGCGAGCACAAGUAAAUCAAAAGCAGAACUGGCUGCAGCAGUGUCCGCUACGGUUGAGGCGCAACAAGAGGAUAUUGUAGAGGGCGAAAAGGAAGGGGAGGAACGUGAAAGUUGGGACAAUAAAAUCAUGUUUUUACUCGCAACAAUAGGCUAUGCCGUCGGCUUGGGUAACGUCUGGCGUUUUCCAUAUUUGGCGCAAAAGAAUGGUGGUGGUGCCUUUCUUGUGCCAUAUUUCAUUAUGCUCUGCAUACAAGGUUUGCCAAUUUUCUAUUUAGAAUUGGCUGUGGGCCAAAGACUGCGCAAGGGUGCUAUUGGUGUAUGGAGCCAGGUCUCUCCCUAUUUGGGUGGCAUUGGCAUAUCAUCUGCAGUUGUCAGUUAUAUAGUUGCGCUGUAUUAUAAUACCAUAAUUGCCUGGUGCCUCAUAUACCUGUUGCACAGUUUUGAGUCACCCUUGCCGUGGGCCGAUUGCCCCACACGCCUCUAUGCCAAUUACACUUAUGACCAUGAGCCGGAAUGUGUGGCCUCUUCCCCUACCCAAUUUUACUGGUAUCGCACCACACUUCAGUGCUCCGAAAGCGUCAAUGAGCCCGAGAAUUUUAAUUAUCACAUGGCUAUAUCAUUAAUAGUUUCAUGGUUUCUCGUUUACAUCUGUAUGGUACAGGGUAUAACGUCGUCGGGUAAAAUUGUCUAUAUGACAGCCAUAUUUCCAUAUGUGGUGCUGAUAAUAUUCUUUUUUCGUGGCAUAACAUUAAAAGGUGCUUCAGAAGGCGUCGCACAUCUGUUCACACCACGUUGGGAAACGCUGCUCGAUCCGGUCGUUUGGUUAGAGGCUGGCACACAGAUUUUCUUCUCUCUGGGACUUGCUUUCGGCGGCUUAAUUGCCUUCAGUUCUUAUAAUCCUGCCAAUAAUAAUUGUUAUCGAGAUGCCAUAUUAGUUUCGCUCACGAAUUGUGGCACCUCAAUGUUUGCUGGUGUUGUGGUCUUUUCGGUGAUCGGCUUUAAAGCCACAUCCACUUUUGAUCGUUGCAAUGAGGAACGAGAAAGUUUGUUAUCACAAAAUAAAACAACAAAUUUGCCAGUAUGUGAUCUGCAAAAGGAAUUGGCGAAUAGUGCAUCGGGUACCGGCUUGGCCUUCAUUAUAUUUACUGAAGCGAUCAACCAAUUUCCAGGUGCACAAAUAUGGGCUGUGCUCUUUUUCUUAAUGCUCUUCACGCUCGGCAUUGACUCUCAAUUUGGCACUUUGGAAGGUGUUGUGACCUCGCUGGUGGAUAUGAAAUUAUUUCCAAAUCUGCCGAAGGAAUGGAUUGUGGGAGGUCUCUGCUUUUCCUGCUGUUUGAUCUCUAUGUGCUUUGCCAACGGCGCCGGCAGUUAUAUAUUUCAACUGAUGGACAGCUUUGCCGGAAACUUUCCACUGCUGAUCAUUGCUUUGUUUGAGUGCUUAUCAAUCAGUUAUAUCUACGGUGUGAGAAGGUUUUCCGACGACAUCGAGAUGAUGACUGGUUCACGACCCGGCCUCUAUUGGAUGAUCUGUUGGAAAUAUCUUUCCCCCUGCGCCAUGAUAACGAUAUUGAUCGCUUCAUUCUAUCAACUGCUCACAGAGGGCAGCAGCUAUCCAGCUUGGAUUGCCGCCAAGGGCAUGACAGAUAAACUUGAGUGGCCGCAUUGGUGUAUUGUCAUUGCAUUUGUACUCAUACUUUCGUCAAUACUGUGGAUACCAAUAGUGGCGAUAUUGAGACUUUGCGGCAUAAAAGUCGUAGAGGACUCAGAUCCCGCCUGGUUCCCAGUGGCCGAACUAAAAGAAGUGCACGGCAUUGUGCCACACGAGCCGACAGAAAUCGAACGCACUGUAUUUUGUUUCAAUAUGGAUGGCACAGAGGGUAUGUGCUGUCCAAAAUAUGGUUUGCCCGAGAAAUCGCUCGAAGAGGAGGAAUAAACAGGCACAGAAGAAAGACAAAAAGUGAACAAAAUGUGUGCGUAACAAAAAUAAAAACGAACGAGGGAAUAUAACUGAACAUACGAACUCGCUUAUAUGACAAAUAAAAAUAUUAAAAAAAAAAUUCUACAAAACCGUCG